AUUUGCAUUGUUGUAACAAAAUUUCUUUAUGUAUAUUGAAAUUUCACCUUUUAUAGAAAUUAUAUGUUAAUAGGUGGGUACGUGGUUGCGUGGAAGGGGCUGGAAAAAGAAUGUCUGAGUAAACAUGAGGGAAUAACUUCAAGAACGUAAGAACAAAUCUUUUUGUUGAACAUGAAAUUUGGCGACCAUGUUUAAGUUUUAUGCCCUGUCAGAGAAGUCCUGUUCGCAGGGGUAGUACGGCACAUGGAAGGCUGAAAGUGCGGGUCCAAUGCUCUGCGGUAAUUGGUAUAGGCAAAGCUGUCCUGACAGUUAUGCCAUGGUAACUUGCUAACGAGGCAAAGGUGUUGCCUAGAGUGGCAUGAUGUUGAAUACCAUGUUCGCUUAGCUGAAUCAUUGCUGUUCACCUUUUUCGAUAAAAGAGCAGUGUCAAAAGCCGCUACACUGAGGCGACAACCAGGAUAGCUAAAGUCCCUUUCCUUUUUACUUAAGUACCGACAGCUGCCUCCUUUUCCGGACCGCUCUCACGCGCAGCUGGCGUCUGCCGCCAUUUUCUUCCUAACUUGGAAGAUUUACAAAGCCAUGUGCGUCUAAGUACAUCAGCCACGCAUCUUUCAGCGAACAAUAUGCUAAUGCGAUGUGCCUUUCUCCUCUCGUCAACCCCUUGUCAUUAGUGAACAGGGGACGCGUUUCACCGGGUGCUGGAAAAGCGUUGGGAAGAACAUGGCUGCCGAAAACGAGCGUUAGCCAAUGAGAUUUGUCGGCGGCGCUUCAAUGGUUGUCGGUACUCAAUAAAGAACAGGGAAAAUCUAGGGACUCUAAGGAUAGCCAUACUGUAGUGCCGCAUUCUGUUUUGCAACUUCACAUGUGCGAGCUACGUUCAAGGAAGUGAGAAAGAUUUGCUCCUGCAUUGCAAAUUCCAAUCGCUGCCUUUCAUUCGUCUCAUCAUCAGCUUGACUGCGCCCACUGCAGGGCAAAGGCCUUUCCCAUGUUUCGCCAAUAAACCUGGUCCUGUGCUUGCUGCAAACUUCUUAAUUUCAUCUGCCCACCUAACUUUAUGUGUCCCCCUCACGUGCUUGCCUUCUCUUGGAAUUCAAUCUGUUACUUUUAAUGACCAGCAGUUAUCUUGCCUUUGUGCUACAUGCCCCACCCGUGUCUGUUUCUUAAUUUCAACUAAGAUGUCCUUAACAUCCAUUUGUUCCCUCACCCACUUUGCUUUCUUCUUGUCUCUUAGGCUUACACCUAUAAUUUUUCUUUCUAUGGAUCGCUGCGUUGUCUGCAAUAAGCGGGACGAUAGAAUGCGGAACUAUGCAGAACCACGGUGGAGGACGAAGUAGUUUCUCGUGCGCUUUUUCAUGGCGUUUACCACUGGUUGCGCUUAACACAAAGGUCGCGCUUGACUGUGCACACGUGAGCAAACGUCCAUGGCUUCCGACACGUUCAUGGAAAAAAUUUUGUUUGCACUAAACGCCAUAAAGCUGACUCAGCAGACACACACACAGUGCUUCAGUGAACUAAUCAAGAAAGUGGACGAUGCACCUUUGCACUCAACGGACAUUCCUGACUUGCCAUUUUCAACUGUAGAGGACUUGUUGAGAUAUGAUGAAGAGCUUGGAGCCAAAAGUGAAGCAAGGGUUGCAAUGAAAAAGCACAUGGCCAUACAAGGAGGUGAAAGCACGCAGCAAAAAACGUCCCGCAUCUUCAAGAGCAUGCUCUCUUGGAAUGUUGCUGUACAGUUCAGCUGGUUUGGAGCUAAAGGGAAGAAGAAGUUCAGUGACCUGAACAUCUGCAAGCUGAUGUGUAGCAGCCUGACCAAUGACACGUCCUUCAGGGCCACCCUGAAAGACACAGAAAAAGCUGGCAUGUCAUGGUUCCGACAUGCUCCCGAGAGGGCGGCAGGAGAAAGGUCAACAGAGGCUGACUCAGCGUGAUAUGGUUAUUUAAAGUGACUAACAAUUAUUUUUAUUAUACUCAUUCUUUUUUCCGCUUAGUGUCAACGCAAAGCUUGCCAGUUCAUUGUGCAUUAAUAUAGUUCACUUCGUUGAACAGAAUAAAAGUAUUUUUUUCUGUA